AUGCGAAUAGAACAUGCCUGGCCCAACCUGGAGCAAGGCAGUAUAAACUUCGCUGCCGUCGUCGCAGGGGUUGCAGCACUGGGUUCUUUCUUCUCCAGCCAACGCCAUCCGCAGGAGGAGAACCUCAAGAAACACUGCGUCUCCAUCCUUGAGCUGGCCUAUUCGACGCCUGCCAGCGCCAUCGACUUGGACUCUAUCUCUGGGCAGAUCCUCAGGACUUUAUAUGCUCGACUAACGACCCGGCCGGCAGUGGCCUACUUAGCAAGCCAUAACGCAAUGCACAUGGUGGAAAUCAUGGGCUUGCAUGCCUUGUUCUCUGCACCAAGCACACAUAACCUCUCAGAGAAGGUCGGCCUCGGCACCGAAGAGAUUAAAGAACGACGGAUGCUCUACUGGACAGCGUCAUUCUUAGACCACUUGCUGAGCAUCGAGUACGGGAUGACGCCGGUGGCUUUGUCGAAAAUAUCAAAUGCCCACACGGCUUCCCAUGAGGAAUCCUCUAAUGAGUACAUUCUGUCAUCUCUCACGAAGGCUCUAGUUUCCAUACAGCAAGCCUCGAAAGAUCCAGCAGGGACGACAAUAAUCGACGAGACCCUUCAUCAACUUGGCCAAGUACCAAGCCCUUCGCCAAUCGCCUCGUCAUUCAAGGCUGAAGUGUGCCUAUGCCUGCUCCGACAGUCCCCCAUCAACCUACUAGCGCGCAAUGGCAACCCUGCGAGCGUUUCGAUCUUGAAAAAGGCCUUGCAGGCCAUCCCCGAGCUCCUUCUCGCCAAGCAACCCUGGUGGUGCUUGUCGACUGUCCCAUUCCAGACCGUUUGCGUAUGCUUAGCGGCAGACACACCUCUAUACCUGUCGCUUUUACCCGAAAGCAUGGUCGCUCUGAGGGCCGUUGCUGACACCUUUGACUCGCACAUGACACGGGAGGCUCUGAGGACAGCACAGCAGUUGAUCGAGGCAUCGAGGGAGAACACCAUGUCCAAGCUGUCGUUCAAAUCCUCGGCGCUGGGUGAAGACUCGGCGACAGCAAAUACAGAGGCUACGUGGCUGACCGAUGAGCAAGCGCCGGAUCUUCUGGGAAGCUGGCCCCUGGACUUGGACUUUAUUCCAUACUUUGAGUAG